AUGGCACAGAACUACUAUGACAUUCUGGGAAUCACGCGAGAUGCGACCGCAGAGGAAGUCAAGAAAGCGUAUAAGAAGGCUGCAUUGACGCAUCACCCGGACAAGGGUGGAGACCCUGAGAAGUUCAAAGAAUGCGGCGCGGCUGUGGAGACGCUGACUGAUGAUAGGAAGCGAGCUGCCUACGAUUCAACUCUGAUCCGUCUGCGCUCGAAGGAUGGACUUGGAAGCGGCGGGUUCCGCUUCAACCGCGAUGCUUCCAUGGAACGGCCGCCAGAGCGGCCAGCUCCACCUCCGCCGCGAGCGGCUGCUGCAGGUGCCUCUGCAAGGGCACCCAGCGCAGCACCACCAAAACCGCGUGCUCCUAGCGGCGCUGUGGAAAUUCCGUCUGAUCCAGGCAGCCUCUCCAUCAAAGAGCUGAAGGAGCUGCUGACCGCUCUGGGUAUUGAUCAUGACGGCUGCCUCGAGAAGGCCGACCUCUUGGCGCUUCUUCGGGACCGGAAGGAACGGCGAGCAGGUGAUACGCCGAGGGAGACAUCUGCAUCAGCCGCUUCCGGGAAAGCCUCUGCCCCACCAGCAAGCUCCACAAGCUCUACUACACACUCGUCGUCUGGUGCAAAAGCCCUUCGGGUGAAGAUCAUGUCUAUAGGUUCUGCCACAGUCGGCAAGAGCACGCUCAUCAAGCGAUAUUGCGAGAACCGGUUCGUCCAGAAAUACAUUCCAACCAUUGGAAUUGAUUACGGCGUCAAGCCCGUGAAGGUUCUCGGGCACGAAUUGAAGGUGAACUUCUUCGACACGUCAGGAGGAGAUGAGUUCCGGGAGAUUCGGACAGAGUUCUAUGCUAUGGGACAAUCAAAUGCAGUGCUCCUUGUCUUUGACGUGACAAACCGAAAAAGUUUCACUGACCUGUCUGCUUGGUUGGAGGAGGCAAGUCGACACCAGUGCUCAUUGUCUCGUGCCGAAAAGGCCCCGCAAAGUCCUCCUGCUGUGGCACUGUGCGCCAACAAGGUCGAUCUUGGAAGGAGAGUGGUGACAAGGGCUGAAGGCGAGGACUUUGCCUCUACGCAUGGCAUGCGAUACUUCGAAACCUCUGCCGCAACUGGUGAUGCGGUGACUGAUGCGAUGCACUUCCUCUUCGAGCAGGCGGUGAGCCACCAUCUGGAGCUAGGCCGAAAGAUAGCGAUGGCUGCUGGAUGA